AAACCAGUGUCAGACCCUAUAUAAUUCAAUGAAUGGUAUUAUUGUAAUUAAAGUGAUAUCAAAGGGUCAUAAUAUGAAAUUAAUAACUACCAUAUGUAUCCACAUUACAUAUAGAAUUUAGGUAAGGUUCCAUGAGAGCCUUUCAUUGGCUGAAAGUCCCAAAAAAACACCAACACCAUCUUCCACCACUACCACCCAAAAAAUAGCAUCAAUUCAUAUGAAUGGGAAAUGAAAACAAUCUCAACACAGUUCCAUCAGCAAAGCCAAGAAGAGCCAAAAACAGAAACAGAACAAGAAGAAAAAGAAGAAGGAAAUAGAAGCAAGUGUGAUUGGGAUUUCACUCUCUCCACAAUCGUCUCGUCGAACGCUGCUGCCGGACCCACCACUGAUACGCUUGGCGUCGUAGAAUUUGACCCGUCGGAUAGCGUGGUGGCGACCGGCGGAAUUGCUCGAAAAAUUAGGGUUUACAGGUUGAAGUCAUUGUUACCCCAUGAGAAUAGUGAAGGCAUUGCUUUGUUGGAUCAUAGUAGUGCAUGUGAGUAUUACAUGUGCACCCCAGCGAAGCUUAGCAGCCUCCGGUGGAGGCCCGGAUCGGGCGGUCGGGUUCUAGGAUCCGGAGACUAUGACGGGGUUGUUAUGGAGUAUGAUCUUGAGCGAAGAGUCCCCAUUUACGAGCGUGACGAGCACGGCGGGCGACGGGUUUGGAGCAUGGGCUAUUCGCAUUGGGAACCCGCUGUAGGGGCAUCCGGGUCGGAUGAUGGAACCAUGCAAAUGUGGGACCCGCGCUGCGAGGGUGGGAAGUGUGUGGCUAUGGUGCAGCCCAGCAUGCAAAGAAGCCCGGUGUGUUGCGUCGAAUUCAAUCCAUUCGGUGGCUCGUUGCUAGCCAUCGGAUGUGCUGACCGGAGGGCAUACGGGUAUGACGUGAGGAAGAUGGGUGACCCGGUAUUAGUGUUUGAAGGGCAUCAGAAAACCGUGACGUACGUCCGGUUUCUCGAUCAUCACACGGUGGUUACAUCCGGGACUGAUGAGCGUUUGAUGCUGUGGCAAACAGAGGAUCAGAGCCUGAUUCGCACGUACAAAGGGCACGUGAAUGCAAGGAGGUUUGUGGGGUUAUCAGUGUGGAGGAAUAGUGGCCUAAUUUGUUGUGGGUCAGAAAGUAACCAAGUUUUUGUGUAUGACAAGAGGUGGGGUGAGCCCAUAUGGGUGCAUGGGUUCGAGCCAGUGGUUCGAGCCGGGUGUGACCGCGGGUUCGUGAGUAGCGUGUGCUGGAGGCAAGUGGGUGAGGAUGGGUGCACCCUUGUGGCGGGAGGAUCGGAUGGGGUUUUGCAGGUUUUUGUGGGCAAAAGAAAAGCAAUUAUAAGGUGACUUUUUCAAUUUUAUUAACCAAAAAUUGAUGAUAUAUGAGAAUAUUUUUACUCAUAGUUAUACACAAAAGAAAAGAAAAAAGUAAAAGAAAAUGUUCAACCAAAGGAGAAAUAUAUUGUGAGAAAAAUAGAGGCUAUUUUGCUUAGUAUGUAUUGAUUUUGCUGACAAAUUGUUAAUAUUCCAUGAACGCCAUUGCGUUUGUUAUAAGAUCACAUGUUUUCUUUGUUAUAUAA